CUUCCUCUAGCACCCAACUUCAAGAACCAAAUGACCUUUAUGACUCUGACAAUUAUGAUAAUAUUUCUUUAGCAAACCCAUAUAAAGAUUAUGAGGAUACUGAACCAAAAGACGUUGAUAUGGAUGAAAUAAAACUUUGGAAACAUACACAUUAUAGAAAAUACCUAAACUAUGCCCUACCACUCCUACCAUAUUAUUGCCGCGAACCUUUUAUUCUUUUCUGGAACGAAAUCUGCAAAAUUAAAAAAGAUAUCUAUAGGCUUAAACUGGAUCAAUAUAAGCUAAAAGAAAAAAAGAAAAUUAAACCAAACUACCGCUGCAAAUAUCCUAACUUUCAACUGCCAAAUAAAAAAAUGGAUUUUAACAAAGAAGCUGAAACAAGAGCCCUUGAAUAUACUAAAAAAUAUUAUGACGAACUAGAAGCUAUGUAUGAAAAAAGAUAUAUAAACCAUGCAUUUAAGGUAGAAAAAUUCGUCAACAAGAUAAGUGGAGCCCAUAUACCCUAUACACGAAAACUUACUUUUAACCUUAAUGCAACAGCGCAUUUUAAAAAAUUGGAACAAACCUUUGUUGAUCUAUAUGUAGAAGGAAUGGCAGUUCUUGAAAAUGCACUACUUUAUGAGUAUGAAACAAAAGCAGAUAAGUUUGACAAAGAAAAUGAACCACAAGACCCCACCUUGGACCAAGCAAUUACUAACAGAAUUCAGGCCGCUGUUAAUAAGGAAUUAAAAAAGUUUAAUGUUAAAUCG